UUCGAGGGGGUCUGGUCUGAUUCUCGGCUCCUGAUUGGUGCUCGUUUAAUAUCCCACGUCACGCUCAGCUGGCUAACCAAUCAGAAGCCAGGAGCUCCUACAUGGGCGGGGCUUCCUCGCAGUUACACCACGCCGCGUCGUCUAACAGGAACCGGCCGGUUGUGAAUGGGACAGUGUUCAUGUUGCAGCCAUUGACAGUAUACGACAGAGCGCAGAGGUUCAGAGACAGGUGAGCUUACAGGUGUGUCUGUGCUCGGUUGUUACACUCGGUCAGAAGGAUUUACGCUCACAUUUAACGGCGUUGGGGUUAUUUUUUCGGCAAAUGGAAAACUUGCCUGCGACAAAAUAGUAAGGCCACCUAUUGAAUGGCACAGGAGGGCUGUUAAACACGGCUGUUUGAGUUUUAGUCACCGUCCUUUAUGUGUUUUACUGAAGGCUUUUGAAGAGGAUUCAUGCCAGAAGCUCAACAAUGACUUCAGACUUGUGAUAUCUGUGCGUACUGCAGAAGGUAUUUCAGAGUGGACGGCAGCAGAGUGAAGACGCUACAAGAGGAGGAAAAAGUACUAAGAACUAUGGAACUGUCUCUGGCUCACCCAGCUAUCAAAGCCUUCAUGUGUGGCUCCUUCAGUGGGACCUGCUCCACGCUGCUUUUCCAGCCUCUCGACCUGAUCAAGACCCGUCUGCAGACCUUACAGAGCAGCAUGCAGCCUGGCUCGGGCAGAGUGGGGAUGGUGACUGUGCUCCUGAGCGUGGUGCGGACAGAGAGGUUGCUGGGACUGUGGAAAGGAAUCUCACCGUCCUUUGCUCGGACCAUCCCAGGAGUGGGGAUCUACUUCAGCACCUACUACUCUCUGAAGCAGCACUUCUUCCAGGACAGCAGCCCACGGGCCAUACAGGCUGCGCUGCUGGGAGGCGGGGCCCGGACGGUGGCAGGGGUCUUCAUGUUGCCGGUCACUGUCAUCAAGACACGCUUUGAAUGUGGCAGGUACAGCUAUGGGAGUGUGACUGGGGCUCUGCGCAGUGUGUGUCAGACUGAAGGUCCUGCAGCUCUGUUCUCUGGCCUGAUGGCCACUCUCCUCAGAGAUGUUCCUUUCUCUGGUAUCUACGUCAUGUUCUACAGCCAGUCCAAGGCCUUAUUGCCAAAAGAAAUCAGCUCGUCUGCUUCCGCCCCCUUGGCUAACUUCAGCUGUGGGAUCAUGGCGGGUAUAUUGGCCUCUCUGAUCACUCAGCCUGCUGAUGUGGUUAAAACACACGUCCAAGUGAAUCCACAGCUGCGGACAGCCGAGGCAAUCAGAUACAUCUAUAUGGAACAUGGACUCCAGGGGUUCUUCAGAGGGGCAGUUCCACGGGCACUGAGGAGGACCAUGAUGGCCGCCAUGGCGUGGACAGUGUAUGAGCAGAUGAUGACUCGUGUUGGACUGAAGUCCUGAAGGGAAGAGUUGAUGAGAAGCUUGUGGGGAAAAAAAGAAAAGAAAGAAGAGAUAAAGUCACAGAGUGAAGACGGUAAUAAGUGAACAGGAAGGAACCGCUACAGUGCAGAUGAGCCUGAUGAUGUUUUGCUCAUAAGAGUCAAAGGCUUCAAUGAUUCAAGCGCAACAAGAGCUGCAGACUGGCGAGCGCAGAAAGAGAACACUUGUUGUCUAUAAGAGUAAUACGCACAAUACAAGAGAGAUUUGGAGGAUUUGCUCCAUGAAAUGUGCUUUGCUGAAGUUCAUGAACCAGGAAGAUAUUUUGUUUUGUAACUCUGGAGAAAGUAUUUUUAAUAUUAAUAUGGAUAUGCUAUGAUGUUCUGUAUUUCACAAAGAAAUCCUAAUCCUUUAAAGAGUAUUUGUUUUUACAAACGCCUCAGUGGGAAUUCCUCUGGUUUUUCCCAGUUGUGGAAUAAAUCUAUGUAAUCUCACAAAGACUGCAGUAACCUAAUAUAUCGUUACUCAAGACAGUGUCCCAGAUUCAGCUCAGACCUCCAUAAUGCACUUUAACCCCCAGCAGGUCUGUCAUAGCACAAAUGUAAAACCUGGAGAGGACUCUCCAAUAACACAAUGGAUAUUUAUAUUCCGAUAUUGUUUGUCAAAUACAAUAUGUAACACAUUAUUCUGCCUUAAAAUGUAAUGAUUUUUGUUUUGUUUUGAUAUUCCUUUGAGAUGUAUUUUCAUUCAAAAGCUUGCCUU